UAGCAACCCCCUACUCCCGACCUAUAAUGGCGCUACAUAUCGGGCAGAUGCUUCGCGGAGCCAAGUGGAACUAUCUCCUGGUUGAGGCUCUCGGCAACCAGACCGUAAGGUCCAAUGUCUUUAAGGCCGAGAUAGUACCGCGAGCUCAAUCUAAGCUUCCGGGGAAAUGGGCUGUUAUCAAGACCACCUCGGAGAAGAAGAUUCUGGAUAUGCUGAAGCGUGAACACGACUCCUACAUGAAUCCUGCUGUUCGUUCGUCUUCGCACUUCCGAGCCAUGUACGACGCCAUCAACGACUACAAUAGCUUAACGAAUGAGACGCCGUAUUGUCUGGCCUUUGAGUGGAUGGAUUGUACUCUAAAGGAGGUUUCUUCUAAGUCCCACAGGCGGAAUUCUGCGUUGCACAAGAGCAUCUCUAGAGCGGUCCUAGGGGCACUUGCCGAUUUGAAGUCACAGCGACUCGUUCAUACAGACAUUAAGAACGACAACAUUUUCAUCUCCAGCCUCGACGGACCAUCUCCAGUGGUGAAGCUGGGAGACUUGGGGCUAAGUAUUCUGCGACCAGACGGCUUUAACGAGUAUCCUGUCCAACCGUUUGCGAUGCGCGCCCCCGAGGUCUGGUCAGGAAUAGGCUGCUUUCAUUGUUCCGACGUAUGGGCUUUUGCUGUCACGCUUUUCGAUUGGAUUUCCCCUUGUGUCUUCGGCGUCAAUGACAUGACCCCGGGCCACUGGCCACAGCCGUGGGCAAUGGCAAAGCUCUUACGACUCUUUCCUCGUUCAGUGACGGUUCAUCCCACCGACUUCGACUACAAAGAUUAUUUCAAGAUUGCCCAGCUAAUUGAAAGGUCGGGGUAUAGUGAUAGCACAGAGCAGAAGUGUUUCGAGACACUUUCAUUUGAGGAGGAGCUUGGAAAGAUGGAUAUACCGCCCGCACUAUCAGACUUCUUUCGCUACCUGCUCGUCGUUAACCAUGAGCGAAGACCUACAGCUAUAGAAGCACUGAGGUCGCCGGAAUUUCAACGUCUUGGCUAAGGGGUCUAACUUAUUUGGAUGUAACAUGGGAGAAAUUCUCCACUCGAUAGGUUUAUGUAGGAAUAUUUUGCGCUUGCUU